GGAGCGGCGCCCGGACCGGGAGGAUCGCACGGGUAGCGACGCCAGCUUUGUGUUCCUCCCUUCGUGGCUCACCUGGCCGUUCACGCCCGCAGCAGCGCCCGCACCCUGGAUUCUGUGAAUCAGGUAUUUACUCAGUGCCAAAACUAGAGGCUAAAGACAUGCAUGGGCUUUAAAUGCCCAUAUCUAUAUUUGGCUGGAGUGGAAAAUAGACCAAAGAACUGUGAUUAACCAUCACUUUGAUGAAUGUAUGUUUUGUGGAGUACCGUAGACAAUCGUAUUGUGUCGUACAAAAGCGUGAUAUUAUGAGUUCCUUGACGUAAAGUAGCGAAAUACGGCUCAGUGACGCCGGCCACAGAUGGAGGAAGGGAUGCAGACCACCAUCAGGAGAGACUGUGGGGAGGAGAGCACCGCCCAAGACGGGCUCCUGGACCAGGCGCCUGGUGCUCCUCAGACAGAUUACACCAACACGGACGUCACUGAACGCUGCACUGAGCCCCCCACGCACGUCGAUUUCGAAGAAUCCGAGGAGAGCACCCCGCAAUUCCAACCUUUAAUCCAACUCCCCUUCGAAAGUGAUGCUACCUUGGUUGAGACACACAACAGCAAUGAUGAUAAUAAUAACAACAGCAGUAGCAGCAAUGUUCCUGACAACAUCAGAGGCCCUGAUCCUUCCUCCGAGACCCAGGUGAAGGCAGCAGGAAGCGAAGGAAGCGCGAACGAGGAAGCGCAUGACCCAGCUUCUCACCCGACACCUGCAGACGAAGGGGCGACGGAUCUCAUGGCCUCGAUUUGCCGGGUUCUUCCGGAGUUACACAACAUCAAUGGGAUGCGGGCCAUCGACUCCGAUGUGCUGGUCAACGAGGCUGUGAAUCAAGAGAUGGUGUUCGGCACUCUGUGUGACCUUUCAAGCUCAAGUGCCAGCGUACCCCCAAAGGACCCCAUGUGUUGUGAUGCUGGUAAUCACGACACGGGUGAUCGAAAGGUAGAGGAACCACCCUCACAGGAAUCUUGCCCUCUGACUAAGGUCGACCAAGUCUCAGACGAAAACCCGUUGACUCAGAGUCCAAAGCAGUCCUUGGCAAAAGGAGAGGAAUCGCAAGAAAUUGCGGGAGCUCCAGACGGCCCUGAUCCAAUCCUGGAGGGAAAGGAAGGGCUGAUACAAAGUGGAAAUAUGCCACAGGAUGAAGUUGAUGCAGAUAAUAGCUUAAUCGUUGUGCCAAAGAUCGAUGGUGUGGAAGGAGGAGGCAUCGGUGACCGGGUAAUGGCGGCGGCGGAGGAGGAGGCGAAAGCCGCGAAGAGCGAUAACGAGUACAAAGCCGAGGCGACCGCGCAAGAGGCCUCUGCCGACGCGGAGAGUCGACAGGGAGGCCACGAAACAAAGUCAAGUACGGAUAUGCUAAUGGAACUGGACAAAGGACGGGAAGCCCAUGAUGGCACCGGUGCGUCAUGCGAGGUCCGUAGCCAUGACGAAAUGCAAGCCGAUGGUCAGACGGAGGACGGAUGUGGUGGCAGCAGCACCACGGUCGGUGAUGCCGUGUGCAAAGAAAGCGAGGGAAAUGAAAGAGUGAACGCUGUGCCGGCAGUCGAGCGGGCCGACGACGAACCACACUACGCGACAGUGAAGAAGCCAAUGCCAGUGCUCAUGCCCGUGCCCGAGGCUUGCGUUGAACCAAACGCAGAUGUGCAGUGUUGCAGUGCCCUCGGGGAAGCGGGUGGCGAGGGUUGUAGUGGUGCCAAAGAGGUCGUGAAGACCGUUGACGACCAUCCCUAUCAGCGUGUGUGUGAGGAGGCGCUCAGUGCCGAGGAGAUAGGUAGGCCGCCCUCUUCGGAGUGCCCCGGUGGCGAGGGUAGGGAGACUGGCGGCGCCCUUGGCACUGACCGCUUGCCAGUCCCCGAACCAAUCUACGAAAGCAUCGAAGAUAGAAAUGAAAAAAACGGCCAAGAUUGUGACUCACGGUCGAGCAGGUCGAGCAGAUCAAGCCGGUCGAGCACCCUGAGCGGACCGUGGUGUGAGGACCGCAUCUACGAGGACAUUUCGGACUUAGGGAGCGGCGGCGGCGGCGGCGGAAGCGUCGGGGGCGGCAGUGGCGGCGGUGGUGGCGGUAGUAGCGGUGGCGGGGGGAGCGAGGAGACGUGGGUGUCCCGACGCCUCCACGUGCACCGGCAGUUGUCGUCUUCGGAUUCCUGGGGCUCCGAGGACUUUGAGUCUUACUCCAGCAACGAGGAGGACAACGGUACAGGCUCAGUCAAAAACCAGGCGCCAAACCUGGAGAACUUCAAACAACGUUUAUUACGUAAGAGAGAACAGUGGAGGGAGAGGCGGCAGUCAAGUAAAACCUUGAAAGAUGCCAUACGAAAGGACUCAAAGGAGGACCAACCAAAGGAAUCGGCCAAACUUGUGGAGGACAAUCCUCCCUCCACACCAGACAACAAGCUAUACAGAUGGUUUUCCUUACGCAAAAGUGUUAACUAUGAUGUUGAACGACGGAGCAGCACCAUUGCCAAUACUGAGCGCACCAGUUCAUAUACUACCACGAGCAAUGGUACCAGCACAAUCACUAACCACAGAAUGCCACAGUUGCUUGAGGAAGGGGACACAGAGCAUGGGGGGCUCUUCUCUGAAAAUGGUGGGGUGUUUGCCCACACCUUUCAGCGCCGGCACCAACCUCCAGCGCUACCUCCCAUGCCACAGGGCCUCAGUCCUGAGCAGAUCAAAAGGCGACAUAUUGUUGCUUCAAUAGUUCACAGUGAAAAUAACUAUGUAGCAACUCUUCAAAGACUAGUCAAUGACUACAAAAAACCUUUGGAUGAUUCCAAACCUCCUAUUCUCAAUGCAGCCAAACUUUCCACCCUCUUCCAUCGAGUAUCAGAGAUUCUUCAGUGCCACACCUUGUUCCGAAUUGCUCUCGCAGAGUCAGUGCGACAAUGGGACAGAGAGGAGAAGAUUGGAGAUGUGUUUGUUGCUUCUUUCUCCAAGGCUAUAGUUUUGGAUAUCUACAGCGACUUUAUUAACAACUUUACUCGUGCCAUGGAAGUUGCAAAGCAAGAAUCGAAAAAGAAAACUGCUUUUGCUGAUUUUCUGAAGAUGCGUCAGAUCACCUCGCCUGAUCGACUGUCAUUCUUUGGACUCAUGGUAAAACCAGUGCAGCGUUUUCCCCAGUUCAUCCUUUUCCUCCAGGACCUACUGAAGCACACUCCUCAAGGGCACCAUGAUCGCAUGUCCCUUCAGUUAGCAUUGACCCAGUUGGAGUCGCUGGCAGAGAUGCUCAAUGAGAGGAAACGGGAAGCGGAGCAGUAUCAGGCCUUCCGAGAUACGCUGAAACACAUCAAUACCAAAUUUGCACUGCGAGGAAUUCAGGAGGGUAACCGCUACUUGCUACGUCAAGACGAUGUUUUGCAAUUGGAAUUCAACCAGAAUGGAUUGAUAAGCAAGAGUAAGGGGCGUCGACUAUUCCUUACCAAUGAUCUGAUCAUGUGUGUUACUGUUGUACCAAAGACAAAUGAUGACUAUGGACAGCAGAAUGAACGUCUCUCUCUAAAAUGGGCUUUUCCAGUCACGGAUGUUGAGAUCCAAGACACAAGUUCUUCCCCAACUCUCAGUCGAUUAUUGGCAUCUGGAGUCAACAAAACAGGAUCCAUCAACUCGGCACGCAUUCCUGAAGAGACUAUGGGCUCAAAUGUAGAUAAUCUUUGCCAGGAAAUGAAUGACCUGAUGCAUGAUUAUGAAAUUGUGUCUCGAAUCUCAUCUCUUAUAACAUCCUUGAGAGGAAACUAUGAGGGUUUGACUUCAGAGAAUCUCCAACAUGUUGCCGGCAGUAUCCAGCGGGCCUUGCACAUCCGAGAUGAACAAAUGGCAUGGGUUGAUGCCUGUUGCUUACAAUUCACAGUCAAGAACAAAGAUGGUCGAGAGAAAGAGACUUUUACCUUCCAGACAGAUAAUCCUGUCAUCAAGAAAGAUUGGAUUGUUGAACUGCGUCUGGCUCAGCUGGCUUUAGACAGUGCCAAUUCUCCAGCAUGGGAUGUUCCAGAACAAGAGAAACGACCAUCUACAAAAAUGCCACUUUUCGUGAAAGCUCUUCCAGUCUUCUCAUCCCCUCAUGAGACAGAGGUUAAGUGUGGAUGCUGCUACACUGUCGCCCUGUCACGGCCAAGCAGGUUGUCUGGAACUGGCAGACAUCAUAAUUACCUCUGGCUGUGCUCAUCCGAUGGUGUAUCCUCACACAUCACAAUAUACCUCAUGCAGCAGGUCGGUUUGCGGGAAAUUGUGCGUGUAGACUUAGUUGAGGUGUGUGUCACCUCAUUACAACAUGUUCCUGGCAUCACCACUACCACAGAUGAACCAUCUUUACGUGCCCACACUGUUUGGAUGGGAACACACUCACACAGACUAAUUGUGUACAGUGGACUAGAACCAGAACGUCAGACUGAAUUGGGGUCAACAAAUGUGCCAGCAGCAGUGACGACAAUUAAAUAUCAUUGUGAUCAGGUGUAUGUAGGACUUUGUAAUGGGUGUGUGCAAGUUUACCGCCGAGGUGCUGAUGGAGCAUGGCAACUGCGAGAACCUCUGAACAUUUUCCUAGGAACUCAAGGGGUGACUGCUCUCCUUCCCAUAAACACACAUGUAUAUGCUGCUUGUGGGGACCAUGUUCAUGUAAUAGACUGCUUCACAGCUGAAGUUACUAAAAAGUUCUCGGUCCAUCAUGAAGGUGCUGGUGGAGUACAGCUAAUGGCUCAUUCUGGAAUUGGACUAUGGAUUGCUCAGAAGAAGACUGCGACCAUCUGCCUUUACCAUACUGAAACUUUCAGACACUUGCAGGACAUCAAUGUAGCUUCCAAUGUUUGUCGAGUUUUGGGGGACAAAGGUCCAGCACCUUCAACCAUUACAGUCACUGCUUUGCUGGCAUCACGAGGUCUUCUGUGGGUUGGCACCAAUGUUGGUGUAGCUCUCACUAUUCCUUUGCCACGACUAGAAGGUGUGCCAAUCAUAAGUGGUCGUGCAAAUAUCAGUUACCAUGCUCACCGAGGCCCCAUUACGUUCCUCUUAACGCUUCAACCUCAUGCAAGACCACAGGCUACAUUACCUGAGUUGCGACCUGGUUCUCGUCCAUCAUUGCAGGACAGUCAUAGCCAGUCACAACAAGACAGUUCAAGGAUUCAAUCUUCCACUGAAGAUACCCGAAGUUAUGUAAGCACACCAACUCCAACUUCACGGCUAGAGAAGCAGCAGAGUGAUGGGAGCCUCAUUCCAUCAAGGCGUGUACCCCCAAGGUUACGACAGCAACUUAGCAGUCCCGUCAUUCUGAGGCGUAAACCCCGAGAUGCACAUCAGCAGCAUGUGCGACGCCUUUCCAAGACGUUGCCCAGAGGUUUGGGGCUGGGAACGCUUGCAGGUAGUCAGGAAUGUGAUGUUUAUGGUCUCUAUGGAGACUUGCUAAAUGUCCAUGAAUAUGAAGAUGAACCAAUGGUAAUUGGGGAAGGCCUCUUGCUUUCUCGUUAUGAUUCAUUACGCCGUAGUGACCCAGAAUUGGCGGUUCCUGCACAAGUCAGUACUCUCGAUCGUCGAGUAAGGUUGAAGGCCUCACGCCCACGUUCCUUGGACCUGUCAACUUGGUCAGUAGACUCUAGAGCAUCAUCAGCUUGCACGACAUCCUCAGGCUCUGAAGAUGGCAGUGGGGGCAUGAACAGUAUCCUGACAGCAACUUCUUCCACAACUCCAUGUGACUCAGGAACUCAUGCAUCAAAUGUUGGCACAAAUAGCAGAUCAGCCACAACUGGCCGUCGAAAAGAAGGGGACCCAUCUCGAACACUGAUGACGUUAAUGGGUGGCCGAGGGUAUGUUAAUCUGAGGAAUAUAUUUGAGGGCCAACAAAGCUCCCAUGCUAAUGACCGUGAUGCACAUGUUGUGGUGUGGGAGAUGAAGCUUUAAUUAUCUUUCUUGCCUGACUUCCUUUAACUUAUUUAUCUGACUUUCUGUUACUUUUACAAACCCUGUGCAAUUGUGAUAUGUUAAAGUUUUGUGUCCAUACUUAGAAUGGUAUCCUCUGUGUUACUAUAUAGGCAUUUGAAUUGUCUAGUUGAAGUGAUUGAUGUUCAGCUUCCAUCACAACAAAACUUGAUGUUGUCUUUGUAUUUAGUGUCAUAUAACGCUUAUGUCGAGGCUGCUUUAUAAGAAAAGAAAAAUAUCUAUAUACUGUAAAACUAUAUCCCAACUGUUCAAGUGUAAAUAUCAGAUGAACUGCUAUUUUAAAUACAUUAUUUUGGUCAAUAUUGCAGACCUUGCCAAUCUGCUCCGAAAGUAUUGUCUAAGUCUAUGUAAUAAAGAAACAUUAUUU